AUUUAUUAUUUAUAAAAAAAAAUUGCUUUAUGUCUACUAUUACUCAAAACAAAGGCUACAUUAGCCAAAUUAUAGGUCCUGUUAUUGACAUUGAAUUUCCUAAUGGGAAACUUCCUAAAAUAUAUAAUGCUAUUACUAUAAAUCAUAAAAAUAAAACAAUAACCUGCGAAGUUCAACAAUUACUUGGAGAUAAUAGAGUCAGAGCAGUCGCUAUGAAUUCAACAGAUGGACUACAGAGAGGAAUUGAAGCAAUUGACACUGGUUCGGCUAUCACUGUACCUGUAGGUAAAUGUACUUUGGGAAGAAUUUUUAAUGUAUUAGGUGAACCUGUAGAUGAAUUAGGAGCAAUUUUAACAGAUACGAAAUUACCUAUUCAUAGAUCGUCACCUUUAUUUACUCAAUUGGAAACUAAACCCUCAAUUUUUGAAACUGGUAUCAAAGUAAUUGAUUUAUUAGCUCCAUAUAAACGUGGAGGAAAAAUUGGUUUAUUUGGUGGUGCUGGUGUGGGAAAAACCGUUUUAAUUAUGGAGUUAAUUAAUAAUAUUGCGAAAUCACAUGGGGGUGUUUCUGUUUUUGGAGGAGUUGGUGAAAGAACGAGAGAAGGAAAUGAUUUAUAUGUGGAAAUGAAAGAAUCUAAAGUCAUUAAUGAAAACAAUUUAGAAGAAUCUAAAGUAGCUUUAGUCUACGGUCAAAUGAAUGAACCGCCAGGAGCCCGUAUGAGAGUAGGUCUAACAGCUCUGACUAUGGCUGAAUAUUUUAGAGAUAAUAAUAAACAAGAUGUUUUAUUAUUUAUUGAUAAUAUUUUUAGAUUUGUACAAGCAGGGUCAGAAGUAUCUGCGCUAUUAGGACGUAUGCCUUCUGCAGUAGGUUAUCAACCUACUUUAUCUACUGAAAUGGGAGCAUUACAAGAAAGAAUUACAUCAACCAAGGAAGGUUCUAUUACAUCAAUUCAGGCAGUUUAUGUUCCUGCAGACGAUUUAACAGAUCCUGCUCCUGCUACUACUUUCGCACAUUUAGAUGCAACAACUGUAUUAUCAAGAGGACUAGCAUCUAAAGGUAUUUAUCCUGCAGUAGAUCCUUUAGACUCUACAUCUACAAUGUUGCAACCACAAAUUGUAGGAGAUGAGCAUUAUGCUACAGCUCAGAGAGUAAAAGAAAAUUUACAAAGAUAUAAAGAAUUACAAGAUAUUAUUGCAAUUCUAGGAUUAGAUGAACUUUCAGAAGAAGAUAGAUUAACUGUUGCUAGAGCUAGAAAAAUUGAGAGAUUUUUAUCCCAACCAUUUUUUGUAGCUGAAGUAUUUACAGGCUCGCCAGGUAAAUAUGUAAGCUUGAAAGAAUCAAUUAACGGAUUCAAAAUGAUUUUAAAUGGAGAACUAGAUGAUUUGCCUGAACAAGCUUUUUAUUUAGUAGAAAUGGGUUUAAAUAUUCGUGUUAUUGCUCCAGAUAGAAUUGUUUGGAAUGCUAAAGCUGAAGAAAUUAUUUUACCAACUAGUACGGGACAGUUAGGUAUAUUAAGUGGACACGCUCCAUUAUUAAGUGCUUUAGAUAUUGGUGUAAUGAGAGUAAGAAUUAAAAAUAAUUGGACUUCUAUUGUUUUAUUUGGUGGCUUUGCUGAAGUUGAGAAUGAUGAAAUAAUAAUUCUAGUUAACGGUGCAGAAGAAGCUUCUGUAAUUAAUUUGGACAAAGCUAACAAAGAUUUGAUAGAAAGUUCUUCUCUUCUGAAUGAAGCUAAAACUAAUAAAGAAAAAAUUGAAGCUACUCAAAAACUCAGAAAGGCUAAAGCUAGAGUACAAGCGGCAAAUACCUUAACCAAUCAAUCAAUCUAUUAAUAUGUUCAGGUCGUCGUUAAGAAAAAAAAAAGAUCGUUC